GUUCUGAUUCGAACAAAUACGCGAAUUUUGUCCAUUGCAAAGCUUGAAAGCUCAAAAAAGUUGCUUAAUUUUGUGUUUUAUUUUCUUCACUAACAUCUCUGCCAUGGCGAUCGAUUGUCUCGUACUCGGUGCUGGACAAGAGAUUGGAAAGAGCUGCGUAGUAGUGACGAUUAAUGGUAAACGGAUAAUGUUCGAUUGUGGGAUGCAUAUGGGCUGCGAUGAUCACAAUCGAUACCCAGAUUUUUCUCUCGUCUCUAAAUCCGGUGAUUUUGAUAACGCGAUCUCUUGUAUCAUCAUCACUCACUUCCAUAUGGAUCAUGUUGGAGCGCUUCCUUACUUCACGGAGGUUUGUGGGUACAAUGGCCCGAUUUAUAUGUCGUAUCCCACAAAGGCUUUGUCUCCUUUAAUGCUUGAGGACUACCGAAGAGUGAUGGUGGAUAGAAGAGGCGAGGAUGAGCUGUUCACCACUGCCCAUAUCGCAAACUGCAUGAAGAAAGAUUCAGUGUCUAUAUCUUGGCUUCCUUUUGUUUUUUUCUAUGUAGUAAUUGCAAUAGAUUUGAAGCAAACAAUUCAGGUUGACGAAGAUCUUCAUAUCCGUGCAUAUUACGCAGGGCAUGUCCUUGGAGCAGUGAUGGUUUAUGUAAAGGUUGGAGAUGCAGCGAUUGUGUACACUGGAGAUUACAAUAUGACGACAGAUAGACAUCUAGGAGCAGCUAAAAUUGACAGACUCCAGUUGGAUCUUCUCAUAUCAGAGUCUACAUAUGCAACUACCAUUCGAGGCUCAAAAUAUCCCCGGGAGAGAGAGUUUCUUCAAGCUGUUCAUAAAUGUGUUGCUGGCGGAGGGAAGGCGCUGAUUCCUUCAUUUGCUCUUGGAAGGGCUCAGGAACUCUGCAUGCUGCUUGAUGAUUACUGGGAGCGCAUGAAUAUAAAGGUUCCAAUUUACUUCUCAUCAGGUUUGACCAUCCAAGCAAAUAUGUAUUACAAAAUGCUCAUCAGCUGGACAAGCCAGAACGUUAAAGAAAAGCACAAUACGCAUAACCCAUUUGAUUUUAAGAAUGUUAAAGAUUUUGAUCGAUCUCUUAUACAUGCUCCUGGGCCAUGUGUUCUCUUUGCCACACCUGGUAUGCUUUGUGCUGGCUUCUCACUUGAAGUGUUCAAGCACUGGGCUCCUUCUCCCAUAAAUCUCGUUGCCUUGCCCGGAUACUCCGUGGCUGGUACCGUUGGGCACAAAUUGAUGUCUGGUAAACCCACAACGGUUGAUCUCUACAAUGGCACCAAGGUUGAUGUCCGUUGCAAGAUACAUCAAGUGGCUUUUAGUCCUCACACAGAUGCAAAAGGAAUCAUGGAUCUCACAAAGUUCCUUUCCCCAAAGAACGUUGUACUCGUGCAUGGCGAAAAACCCAGCAUGAUGACUCUUAAGGAUAAGAUAACCUCAGAGCUUGACAUCCCCUGUUUCGUCCCUGCCAAUGGCGAAACAGUUUCAGUAGCUUCGACCACUUAUAUAAAAGCAAACGCUUCUGAUAUGUUCCUUACAAGCUGCUCCAGCCCGAAUUUCAAAUUCUCAAACUCUACUCAGCUCCGUGUUACAGAUCAGAGAACCGCAGACGGGGUUUUGGUAAUAGAAAAGAGCAAAAAGGCAAAGAUAGUUCACCAAGAUGAAGUCUCUGAUGUAUUACAUGAGAAAAACCAUGUGGUCUCUUUGGCUUAUUGUUGUCCAGUGAAAGUCAAGGGAGAAUCCGAUGAUGUUGAUCUGAUCAAACAGUUGUCUGCAAAGAUCUUGAAGACAGUGUCUGGUGCUGAGAUCCAUGAAUCUGAAAACUGUUUGCAGAUUGGAUCUUUCAAUGGAACUUUGUGUCUGAAAGACAAGUGUGUGCAUAGAAGAGAUAUAAGUAGUAGUAGUGAAGCUGUCGUGUUCUUGUGCUGCAACUGGUCUGCUGCUGAUUUAGAACUUGAUUCCACGGCGGCGCGUGAUCAACAUGCGCCGCUUCUCCGUCCACGUCACGACGGCUCUUCUUCUUCUUCAUCAGCCAGACCUACAGCUCUCGCCGUUCUAUUAGGACGGAUCACCGGUCACCGUGCACCGUCGAUGCUGGUUAGAGAAACGGCGGCGCGUGCUCUCGAGGAAAGACGAAUCGAUUGGGGUUACUCGAAGCCUGUAGUUGCUGCUGAUAUACUAUGGAACGCUGCUUUAGUGCUUGCGUCGGCGGUUAUGCUUGUCGGUACCGUUGAAGAAAGACCUAAUGAACCAAUUAGGGUUUGGAUCUGUGGGUAUGGGUUACAGUGUUUGAUCCAUGUGGUUUUGGUUUGGUCUGAGUAUUGGAGAAGAAACACAACUCGUAGAGCUAGGGAUUUGGAGUCUGGUGAUCAUGAAGAUUACACUGAGUAUGAUUAUGAACAAGACAGUGACAAUUCAACAACUUACAGUUUUGCGAAGAGAUGUGAGUCGAUAAACACAGUGAUAUCAUUCAUAUGGUGGAUAAUUGGAUUCUACUGGGUUGUUGAAGGUGGUGAUAAGCUUUUAGGAGAAGCUCCUAAUCUUUAUUGGUUGUCGGUGAUUUUUCUGGCGAUUGAUGUCUUCUUUGCUAUUUUCUGUGUUGUUUUGGCUUGCCUUGUUGGAAUAGCUCUCUGCUGCUGUCUUCCUUGCAUAAUCGCUCUUCUUUAUGCCGUUGCAGGAACGGAAGGAGUAUCAGAGGCAGAGCUCGGUGUUCUUCCACUGUACAAAUUUAAGGCUUUCCAUAGCAACGAGAAGAACAUUACCGGUCCUGGUAAAAUGGUUCCUAUACCGACAGAUGGCUUAUGCUUAGCAACUGAAAGAACUCUGCUUGCUGAGGAUGCGGACUGUUGCAUAUGUCUGAGCUCAUACGAGGAUGGUGCAGAGCUUCAUGCUCUUCCUUGUAACCACCAUUUUCAUUCGACCUGUAUCGUUAAAUGGCUUAAGAUGAGAGCAACAUGUCCUCUCUGCAAAUACAACAUCCUUAAAGGAACCACUGAUCAAUCUUGAAGACUAAACCCAACCAAGCAGAGGGAGUAAGAUUCUGCACAUAUGGAAACAGAUUCCAUUUCCUCAAUUAAAAAGCUUCUGUAUAU